AAGGGUUAAAAGGGCUGUGCUUAUGGCGAAAGAGGGCGGGCGCUUCUGCUCUGGGCGGCGCUUCGGAGGGUCUGACGUACAUCGCGUCCUGGAAUCUCAUUGGCCGAGACCGAAGUGGGCGUCCGCUUUCGCUACACAAAACGAGCUUUACUACACAGAGGAGAACUAGUGAGUGAGUGAGGGAGAGAGAGAGAGAGAGAGAUGCUCUCAUUCAGCUCAUCAUAUCAACAAGGAUAUGUUUAUCUCAGCAUGGAUGUGGACUUGGUUAAGAGAUGCUUUCCGACUGGCCGAGGAAGUGAUGAGAAAGGGAAGACUGCUUGGUUUGGAAUAAUGAUGCUUAUAUUUCUGCAGGGUCACUUCGAAUAGAGCAGUGUAUAGUCUGCAUGCGGGCUGAGACACGCACACACACAGGGAUGUGUUAAAUCGCAGUCCUCUUUCGGUUCCUCGACAGGCUCGUGGAUUUGUUCUCUGAUGCCAACGCCGCCGCCGGAUUGCCUGUAUGGCCGGAUCAUGAAGUUGUUGACGUUUUUUCUUUUGCUUCCAGAGAGCCUGAAAAGGACGAGAAGAAGUGGGAAGCAGCAGGGCAAGUUGCCAGCAUGCUAUGAAAUAGUGACUUUGUCCUUGAAGAAGAAGAUGGCUGCAGAGCUCUACCCUGCCAGCAUAAACACCAACCUACCGAACAGUAACAGCACGGCGGUGACACCUGCCAACAAAAAGACCAUCGUCCAAGUGACCCAGACAGCAACCACUCCGACGGCCACCGCCGCGCAGCAAAACAUCAACAACAACAACGUCGAAACUGCCAGCUGGCAGUCCACUCAUCCCACACUCCGAGAGAGGAACGCGCUGAUGUUCAAUAACGAACUUAUGGCAGAUGUUCAUUUUAUUGUGGGUCGCCCUGGCGAGUCCCAAAAAGUUCCUGCGCACAAGUAUGUACUGGCAGUGGGGAGUUCUGUGUUUGGUGCCAUGUUUUACGGGGAUCUUGCUGAGGGCAAAUCUGAAAUUCAUAUUCCUGAUGUGGAGCCUGCUGCUUUUUUAAUCCUGUUGAAAUACCUGUAUAGUGAUGAGAUUGAACUGGAGGCAGACACAGUGCUGGCCACUCUGUAUGCUGCCAAAAAAUAUAUUGUGCCUGCCCUGGCCAAGGCCUGCGUCAACUUUUUGGAGACCAGCCUGGAGGCCAAGAAUGCCUGCGUCCUGCUGUCUCAGAGCCGGCUUUUUGAGGAGCCUGAGCUCACGCAGCGCUGCUGGGAAGUCAUUGAUGCCCAGGCUGAGCUGGCUCUGCGCUCGGAAGGCUUCUGUGAAAUUGACUUGCAGACCCUGGAGAUCAUCCUGAAACGGGAGACACUCAACACCAGGGAGGCUGUGGUCUUCCAGGCUGUCCUGGAAUGGGCCGUGGCCGAAUGCAAACGGCAAGGACUUGGGCCGACAGCUCGCAACAAGAGGGCAGUGCUGGGCAAGGUCCUGUACUUGGUGCGCAUCCCUACCAUGACCCUGCAGGAAUUUGCAGAUGGAGCGGCGCAGUCGGACGUGCUGACUCUGGAAGAGACUCAUGACAUUUUCCUGUGGUACACGGCAGCCAAUAAGCCCAAGUUGGACUUUUCAUUGACGCAAAGGAAAGGACUGACACCGCAGCGCUGCCACCGCUUCCAGUCCUCGGCAUACCGCAGCAACCAAUGGCGCUACCGUGGACGAUGUGACAGCAUCCAGUUUGCCGUGGACAAACGAAUCUUCAUUGCUGGGCUUGGCCUGUAUGGCUCCAGUGGUGGAAAGGCAGAGUACACUGUUAAGAUUGAACUGAAGCGCCAAGGAGUCAUCCUGGCCCAGAAUCUGACUAAGUUUGUUUCAGAUGGUUCCAGCAGCACCUUCUCGGUGUGGUUUGAGCAUCCAGUUCAGGUGGAGCAAGAUGCUUUCUACACAGUCAGUGCUGUGUUGGAUGGGAAUGAGCUCAGCUACUUUGGGCAAGAGGGAAUGACAGAAGUGCAGUGCGGGAAAGUGACCUUUCAGUUUCAGUGCUCUUCAGACAGUACGAAUGGCACUGGUGUGCAGGGGGGUCAGAUCCCAGAGCUGGUCUUCUACGCGUGAAAUGUGUGAGGACGGCGAUACUGAAGUGCAUUCCACCCACUGUAUUCAGAUGCAAUGAACACAUGGGGGAGUACAGGGUCCCGAGACACUUUUGCCUUCUUUUCAGUGUAGCAGUGGAGGACCGUUGAAUGACAGCCUGUUUUAUAAAACGGACUCUUCUCUGACAAAGCUUGAGUGAAAGAAUGCUCCUCUGCUUUAUUUAUUGAGAAAAGUAUAUUUCAUUUUAAUUAUUGAUGCUGCGGCAUGCAGACCUAUAAAUAAAUAUAUAAAUAAAUAAAUCUCUAUAAACAAAGAAAUUGACGUAUUGCACUCCUGGUGGCGUGUUACGACUAGUGUGGGUUUGUUUUUUUUGUUUGUUUGUUUUUUUUGUACAUAACCUGAGUCUAAUUUGUUUACAGCUUGAUGAAAUGUCUUGUAUUAGUGUGCAGCUUACUAAACUGCAAAUCAUAAAUUUUUGUGACUCAAAGUGCAAA